GCUCCAGGGUUUCCUGUUGCUGGUUCCAUACACUCAAACCCUUCCAGAUUUUUUUUUUCUCCCAAUCAUCGAUAGCUUCGCUCUAGCUUGCGGUACUUGUGCUGCAAGAGAUACUGGAAGCGGCAAACUGCAGCAUCAGAUUAACAAACGCAAGGGUUCUAUGCGCUGCUGCAUCACAGCCUAGUGAUUCUACAAAGAAAGCCAGGCUUCUUUUCAUGCCUCUCUACUAGGGUUUUAGAUAUAUAUGUUGCUUGUCUGACUGUAACUGGAUUCCCAAAUUUAAAUGAAAUUGGAUUUUUAACGUCUGUCAAGAUCUAAAAUGGCAAAAUAUUGCGUUUUUUUCCAUCUUUUGAUUAUAUAUUUCACAAUGAAUUAUGUACUUGCUUCACAAGGUGAAGACUCUGAGUGGAUCAUGCAAGAAGAGAAUUUUAUUCAUGUGAGUGUAACUCGGAACAAAAUCAUGAGUGCACAGUACGAAUGUUAUCAAAAAAUAAUGCAGGAGCCUGAACAUGGGAAGCAAGGUCGGUUUUGCAACAGAACGUGGGAUGGCUGGUUAUGUUGGGGAGAUGUAGUGGCAGGAGAUAUAUCUGAGCAGCACUGCCCAGAUUACUUUCAAGAUUUUGAUCCAUCAGAGAAAGUUACUAAAGAAUGUGAUGAACAUGGACACUGGUUCCGGCACCCUGAAAGUAACAGAACAUGGACAAAUUAUACUCAGUGUACUACAUCAACACAAGCAAAGUUAAAGACUGCCCUUAAUUUGUACUAUUUAAGUAUAAUUGGACACGGACUCUCAAUUGUAUCACUUUUAAUAUCCUUGUGCAUCUUCUUUUACUUCAAGAAUUUAAGCUGCCAGAGAAUUACACUCCAUAAAAAUUUGUUUUUCUCCUUCGUUUGCAAUUCUAUUGUUACAAUCAUUUCACUAACUGCAGUGGCCAACAAUCAACCUUUAGUGGCCACCAAUCCAGUUAGCUGCAAAAUAUCACAGUUUAUCCACUUUUACCUGAUGGGAUGUAAUUAUUUCUGGAUGCUAUGUGAAGGAAUAUACUUGCACACAUUAAUUGUUGUGGCUGUUUUUGCUGAAAAACAGCAUCUAAUGUGGUACUAUCUACUAGGUUGGGGAUUUCCACUGAUCCCUGCAUGUAUUCACGCAGUUGCUAGAAGUAUAUAUUUCAAUGACAAUUGCUGGAUUAGUUCUGACACGCAUUUGCUAUAUAUCGUCCAUGGACCAAUUUGUGCUGCACUGUUGGUGAAUCUUUUUUUUCUGUUAAAUAUUGUACGCGUUCUCAUAACAAAACUGAAGGUCACCCAUCAAGCAGAAUCAAAUCUCUAUAUGAAAGCUGUUAGAGCAACCCUCAUACUCGUUCCUCUUUUUGGGAUUGAGUUUAUAUUGUUUCCAUGGAGACCAGAAGGGCGGAUUGCAGAAGAAGUGUACAACUAUGUUAUGCAUAUCCUCGUGCAUUAUCAGGGAUUGUUGGUGGCUACAAUUUUCUGCUUUUUUAAUGGGGAGGUGCAAGGAGUCUUAAAAAGACAAUGGAAUCAGUACAAAAUUCAGUUUGGAAUUAGUUUAGCUCAUUCAGAAGGUCUUCGUUCUGCUUCAUACACAGUGUCUUCUAUCAGUGAGGUCCAGGGUACUACGUAUGUGGCUGAUUAUAGCAGUGAACACUCAAAUGGGAAAAACUGCCAUGAUAUGGAAAAUGUUUUUAAAUCAGAGAAGUCAUACAUGUAAAAUAUGUUAUUACUGCUUUUUAUAUAAAUAGAUUUUUAUUGUCUAUUUGAAAACAAUAAAUAUAUAUAUAUAUUGAACAAAUAUAUAUAUAUAUAUAUAUUGAACAAAAAGCCUUGCACUCCUACCAAUAGAUAAAUAUG